CUGUUCAGUUCUAACAGAAACUUCACUCAGGCAAGAUGUGCGCCUACAAAGUCUACAUGGUGCUCAUGGUGCUCGGUCUAGGGGUCCUAAUAGUGGAAGCAUAUGAGGCCAGUGAUGUCGUAAAUGCCACUCUCUAUGUAGACCAAUGCCCGUACAUUCAAAUGGAAGAGAAUGCUCCCAAGCAUAGGCUGUUGGGUGUGUGGUACGCCUAUGCAACAACUCCGCUGCCCUUUCAGCAAUAUCAGCGUAGAUGUGCCUCGUACAAUGUGAGGAACUCACCCUACUUUAAGACCAAUAUUCUCUAUUAUGACAAAAAAAAUGCUCAGGUUGUCGUCACAUAUUCAUGCAAAUACAAUCAAGCUAUCCAGAAGUAUGUAAGGACCCUUCGAAUACUGACACGCACGCGCACCCCUGACAGCGAACUGAUUGUAGACACCAACGAGUAUUUGAUAAGUCGAGGAUUUAAUGUCAGAAUACUGACAUGGCUAAGAGCAAACGCCUUUUGCUUUGAAUGGUAUGAGCUAAGAUUUGAAACGGAACGACAGCCGAUGUCCUAUCAGGCGCCAUUCAAUAUGCUCGGCCCAUUGGGACGCUAGAGACUCGAAUUGAUCGCAUAAAUGUUCAAUUAUUGUAACAUAAUUUGCCGUACAUAUGUUAGCCAUUGAAUCACUGAUUAAAAUGAGGAAAUCGUAUAAUGGCCGAGGCCAA